AUGGACCUUAGGGGUUGUACAGAUGUUCUGUGCUGCAUGGUCUUCAUACUGUUCAUUACUGGCUACAUUAUUUUAGGACUUAUAGCCUGGGUACAUGGCGACCCCAGAAGAGUGGCUUACCCUACAGACAGCAAGGGCCACUUUUGUGGCCAGAAGGGCACCCCCAAUGAGAACAAGAGUAUUUUGUUUUAUUUUAACCUGUUAAGCUGUACCAGUCCCUCCGUGAUGAUAAACCUACAGUGCCCUACUACACAGAUCUGUGUCUCCAAGUGCCCAGAAAAAUUUUUAACCUAUUUAGAAAUGCAACUUCCAUUCAAAAGAGACAAACACUCUUGGGAAUAUUAUAGCCAGUUCUGCAAGUCCCCUAUUUUUCAUUCUGCAAAGUCUCUCUCAGAAAUAGUAAUGGAUGAUGAAUGUCCAGCAGCGAUUUUCCCAAGCAAACCUUUUCUCCGGAGGUGUUUCCCUGACUUCUCUACUAAAAAUGGCACGUUAACAGUAGGAAAUAAGACCACAUUCGAAGAUGGGAAAGGGCAGAUAAGAAAUGCUGUAGAACUCAGGGCAGCUGCAAAAAAUAUCAAUAAAGUCCUCGAUGCAAAGGCAUUUGGAGUGAAAGUGUUUGAAGACUAUGCAACAAGUUGGUAUUGGAUUCUCAUUGGCCUGACGAUCGCCAUGCUCCUCAGUUGGCUGUUUCUACUACUCCUGAGGUUCAUAGCUGGAUUCCUCUUCUGGAUCUUCGUAUUGGGUGUGCUUGGAAUUAUAGGCUAUGGAAUAUGGCACUGUUACCAGCAGUACAGGAAUCUUCAGGAACGCCCCAAUUCUCACUUAACUAUAUAUGACCUCGGAAUUCAGACUGAUAUAAGCAUGUACUUACAACUGAAACAAACAUGGUUCGCAUUUAUGGUAAUCCUCAGCAUCCUUGAAGUGCUUGUCAUCCUCCUGCUGAUCUUCCUGAGAGACCGGAUCCGCAUCUCCAUCGCCCUCCUGAAGGAAGGGAGCAAAGCCAUUGGAUAUGUCCCUACUACAUUAAUUUAUCCAGUUUUUACUUUCUUUUUGCUCUCAAUCUGUAUUUGCUACUGGGCGGUGAUAGCAGUUUACUUGGCUACAUCAGGGACACCCAUAUACAAAGUCAUAACCCCAGAGGGGAAAUGUAAAUAUGAAAAUAGAACCUGUGACCCAGAUAUUUUUAACACAACGGAAAUGUCCAGAGCUUGCCCUGGUGCUCAGUGUAACUUUGCUUUUUAUGGUGGGAACAGCCUGUACUACCAAUACAUCUCUACCUUCCAGAUAUUCAAUCUAUUUAUCUUUCUCUGGCUGAUAAACUUUGUCAUUGCAUUGGGUCAGUGUGCCCUUGCUGGUGCCUUUGCUUCUUAUUACUGGGCCUUGAGAAAACCUGAUGACAUCCCACCAUAUCCACUUUUUACUGCAUUUGGACGAGCCAUACGAUAUCACACAGGAUCUCUAGCAUUUGGAUCAUUGCUUCUUGCAUUAAUUCAAAUGUUUAGGAUAGCCCUAGAAUACUUGGACAAACGUAUUAAAGAUAACCAGAACAACAUUGCCAAAUUUCUACAACACUGCCUGAAAUGCUGUUUCUGGUGCUUGGAAAAAGUGGUAAAGUUUUUGAACAGAAAUGCCUAUGUUAUGAUUGCAAUAUAUGGCAAGAACUUCUGCAGGUCUGCAAAAGAUGCUUUCGAUCUGCUGAUAAGAAAUAUUUUAAAAGUUGCAGUUUUGGAUAAAGUUACAGACUUUGUACUCGUCCUGGGGAAAAUACUAGUUUCUGGGUGUAUAGGUGUCCUGGCAUUUUUACUCUUCACACAGAGAAUCUCAAUAAUUAUAGAAGGACCAACAUCUUUAAAUUACUACUGGGUACCUUUGCUGACAGUCAUUGCUGGAUCUUACCUAGUUGCACACGGGUUCUUCAGCGUCUAUGCAAUGUGUAUUGAUACAAUUUUCAUCUGCUUCUUGGAAGAUUUAGAAAGAAACGAUGGUUCCACUGAAAAACCCUAUUACAUGAAUCGCUCUCUGAUGAAGAUUAUGAAGGUGAAAAGUACACAAAGUACGAAGCAGUAG